AUGUCUUUCUUCACCAGAGUUCUGACGAUGAAAUGCAAGCAGACACUUGAAUGUGAGAGGACUUACUUUUACCAGGCGCUUUUUGCCAGCAGCAGGUUUCCCGGGCAGCCCCGGCUGUGCAGCAGCCAGCCCCUGGAGGUGCGGAGCAACCCGCGGGCAGCGGCGGGGAACAAAGGCGAGGGGCGCGGAGCGGAGCUGCUGGAGCCCCCCCCGCGCCCCCUGGGCAGGGUGAAGAGCCUGCACGAAAUGCCCGGACCCAACACCCUCUACAACCUCUACGAGUUCUUCUGGAAGGACGGCUUCGGCCGCAUUCAUGAAAUCCAGCAAAAACACACUCAGGAAUAUGGAAAGAUCUUCAAGUCUCACUUUGGUCCCCAGUUCGUUGUAUCCAUUGCAGAUCGAGACAUGGUUGCUCAAGUGCUCCGAGCAGAAGGCAGAGCACCACAAAGAGCCAACAUGGAAUCCUGGCAGGAGUACAGAGAUUUACGGGGCAGAGCCACGGGGCUCAUUUCUGCGGAGGGGGAGCAGUGGCUAAAAAUGAGAAGUGUACUGAGGCAAAAAAUUCUGAAACCCAAAGAUGUGGCUGUUUACUCUGAAGGAGUCAAUGAAGUUAUCACAGACUUAAUUAAAAGAAUCCACACCCUCAGAAGUCAAGAGGAGGAUGGGGAAACAGUGACCAAUGUUAACAACCUUUUCUUCAAGUAUUCAAUGGAAGGUGUGGCCACUAUUCUGUAUGAAUGCCGGCUGGGCUGCCUGGAAAACAACAUCCCACAGCAGACUGUUGAAUAUAUUGAGGCUCUGGAAUUGAUGUUUAGCAUGUUUAAGACCACUAUGUAUGCAGGUGCUAUUCCCAAAUGGCUUCGUCCACUUAUUCCAAAACCCUGGAGAGAGUUCUGCAGAUCCUGGGAUGGACUCUUCAAAUUUAGUCAAAUCCAUGUUGACAACAAAUUGAAGGCUAUUCAGUCUCAGCUGGACCAAGGAGAAGCAGUGAAUGGUGGGCUACUUACACACCUCCUAGUGAGUAAGGAACUUACUUUGGAAGAGAUCUAUGCCAACAUGACUGAAAUGCUUCUGGCAGGAGUGGACACAACUUCUUUCACUUUGUCCUGGGCCGUAUACUUGUUGGCAAAGCACCCAGAGGUGCAGCAACGUGUUUAUGAGGAAAUAGUUAAUAAACUGAGGAAAGAUCAAGUUCCAGUUGCUCAUGAUGUCCUAAAAUUGCCUUUGAUUAGAGCUGUCCUGAAAGAAACCUUGAGGUUAUAUCCAGUAUUGCCAGGAAAUGGAAGAGUGACCCAAAAAGACUUGAUCAUUGGAGGAUACUUGAUACCUAAAGGGACCCAGCUGGCACUUUGUCAUUAUGCUACUUCAUACAGUGAAGAGAAUUUCUCAGUGGCAAAUGAGUUCCGACCUGAGCGCUGGCUGAGGAAAGAUAACUUGGACAGAGUAGACAACUUUGGCUCCAUCCCUUUUGGCUAUGGCAUUAGAAGUUGUAUAGGAAAAAGAAUUGCAGAGCUGGAAAUCCAUCUUGCACUGAUUCAGCUACUUCAGAAUUUUGAAAUCAAAAUUUCUCCCAAAACGGAACCAGUUCAUGCCAAAACUCAUGGACUUUUGACUCCUGGAAAUUCCAUCAAUGUCAGAUUUUGUGACAGGAAGUGA